GAGAUCUCCGAUGGUGAGGGUGCAUUGCACGCGGUCGAGAUCGAAGAAGCAGAGAAGGCCGAGACACGCGGCCAGCAGCGGGGUCCGAAGAACCGUUCAAUCGUGCAUUGGAGUGUGGCGAGACCGACGAACGACCCCCACAAGGGUCUCAGAUGGACGUUUACAUGUCGCCAUUGCAAUGCUGUUCGCUCUUUCACUCGGACUAUCAAGGGAGACGACGCACUCUGGGAAGAUGAGCCUCGCAAGCCAUCGCUGGCGAAUCUGGCUUCACAUCUGAAGCAGGAUCAUCCAGCAGUGCUUCAGGGUGAUGCGGAGACCAACUCAUACCUGGCUGGGAACGGCACAAAGACCAACUUGACUGCUGGAGGCUCGAAGGAUGGCUCCUUCUACAACCGGGAGGACGUGAAGGCCUUCGAGGGGUACAUGCACGGUGGUCCAUUUGACCCGAACGGCUCGGCUACGCAGCAGGGAUUCACAACCGUGAUCGCAGGAUGGUUGCUGUACGAAGACUUACCUUUCACCACUGCCGAAGCAACCUCCUUCAAGAGCUUGAUGCAUUACUGCCGGAUCCGAUUCUUGCUUCCCUCCGACAAGACCGUCCGCACCGAGGCUAUCGACAAUUGGGUGGAGAAGGAGAAGGCCUUUAGAGUGCUGACCCUUCUGCCUGAGGAAUGGGAUCUUAUCAAGGAGUUAGACGAGCUGCUUUCGAUCUUCACCACCGUCACCAAGGAGGUCUCAUACAAGAAUCGACCUACACUCCCUCUCGUCAUCCCGCUCUAUCGCCAGAUGAAAAAGGAGCUCACGGACUACAUGAACAACCCCAACGUCUCGCCUGCAUUGCGCGCUGGUGCCCGAGGAGGACUCGAGAAGCUGAACAAGUACUUCAGGCUCGCUCUAGAGUCCCACUACACGGUUCUUGCAUGCGCAUUCAAAGGAGAAGAUGUUGCGGAGAAAGCUCGCACCAUGCUCGAGCAUGUCUUCAAGGAGUAUGCCAAGACCUACGAGCCACCUGUCGCCUCGUCUGCCCCUCCGAAGUCUCGCUCUGAGCAGCCCUCGAGCUUCCUGCACAAAGCACUGGCAUUUGAAGAGCCCGAUGACGAGAACGAGAACCUGGAUACUGACAAACCUCCCCCGGAGGACAACGUUCUCUCGGAGCUCACUCGCUAUCUCAAGAACGAGGGUGGCAAGGCUGAUGACGAUGACGGAGUGUUGAGAUGGUGGAAGGUGAGCCAGCGAGGCCUCUUUUAA